CACACACACACACACACACAUACACACACACACACACACACAUGGCGAGCUGGGAGAGAUUGUGGCUGAUGGCCGGUAGUGCGGCGGCGGCGGUGGGUCGGUUAGGUGUGAGGCAACAGGCGGAUCGCCGAGGCGUCGUGAACGCGCAGCAGACCACGUUGGAAGAGCUUCCCACAGAUGCAGACACAAGCACGCGGCGGGCACCUAUCAUUUGGUCCAUGGACGAUGAUGAAGAGGACAACGACAUUCCCUUUGCAAGUGAUGUCGCUGGACUCGGGUCGGACCGCCACAACAUGCAGACUCUGGGCUUGAGCACACAGAACAUUGAGUUUGAGAGCAUUGAAGACUUGGUUGACUCGGAGGUGGUUCGAGUGGUGCUGGCCGACCCCGACACGAAGACACCCGGUGACUCUGCCGAGGCCGACUCAGCUGGUCAACUGAGUGACCGGGAGCUGACGCGGGAGCUGGAGCGCUUGGAAGAAGGCGAACGCGGGUUGCAGGUUGAAGAUGUCGUACGCAGCGCGCUCGACAUGAAGGGCGAUGAUAUUUUUGUCUUGGAAGUGGGUGGGCGACGACGAGAGGAUUAUGACUUUUUGGUCAUUGUGUCAGCUCGCUCCAAGCGCCACCUGCGUGCCCUGGCACAAGAUGCCGCUCUCAGGCAUCGCGAGGCGGCAGGCUUGGGUAGCAACACGCCGCUUUCUUCUCUGAUCAUUGGUCACGCCGACGACUACUGGAGCAUCGUGGCUACCGGCCGCGUCAUGUACCACAUGAUGCUUCCGGAGGCUCGGUCCUACUAUCAAUUAGAGUCGCUGUGGCAAGGCUUGGAGGAUGGCGAGGAGGACAUGCCACCCACAAGCCGUACAGGCCCAACUGCCGGCCGGAACUCGACACACCAGCGCCCCUUGUUCAUCUAAUCCCACUAGUCGACUCGUGCACCAUUGCUUGUCCCACCAGCACACUGGCGAGGUGUCCGUGCCAGCGUGCUGGCCAUGUCGUCGCUCUCUUGUGGAUGCGUUGUUCUGCCGUCGUGUCUUGUUCUUCUCCCGUCAUUACAGAACACGAAUCCAGUGAGCCAAAUUAAC